CCCAGAAGUCCCCUGGGUCACCGUGAAUGCGUAUUGCAAUUCCUUAUUAGAGCGUGGCCGUGUGCAACUCAAGUGUCAGGCUGGAAGACCUUGUGACACGAGCCAACCCCCUUGCUUAUUUACUUACUCCGGCCGCCACUUAUCUAGUCUCCCACAAGGUGGUGUUGAGGACGGACCCCCUCUCGUUUGCCUUUCUCUCUCCUUGCGUGUAUCGGUGUGCGUAUGUUCGUCCGCGAGUAGAGAAAGGGAAUGACUUAGUGAAGAGAGGAGCAGAGAACGAGACUGUCUGAUCCUCAGGUUCUCUGUGUGUGUAUCAUAGUGUUUUUUUUUCUCUCUCUCUCGCAAGACAGAGGCCAAGGAUUUCGUACCUGCAGGAGUAUUUAUCAUUAAUCGUUCCUAGGUCGAGCAGAGAUGGGUUCGGCCUUCCUGGAGGACCCCGGCGUCGAGGACUACCUGGGCUUCGACUUGACCGCCCUCGAGGUCGACGAGGCCUAUCUCAGCCUCACGUCAGACGACCCGAGGGCGCUGAGCCUCUACACGCGCAACGGAGACUGCUACGGGUGCCCGCUACAAAAGCGAGACAUACGCGUGACAGCAGAAGGCACGAACAUGACACUCCACACUGCGCAUGCGUGGACCUUCGUCUUGAGUGACGCAACUGCAGACUAUUUGCCUGAUAUAAACGGAAGUGUUUGUGCGGUUACGGAAGCUAAUCUUGGCGAGUUUGGUGUUUACGAACUUGCUCUCGAAAAUAACAAGUGUACCUUUUCCACACUCAAGGACCCUGUGUUUGAAUAUGGAGCCAUGGUAAUAGCCCUAGCAGUUUACGUGGGGCUAGCCAUCCUCUGCGCCAUCGCCACUCAGGUGUACAAAAAGGGGGUGCAGUCUUUUUUCAAAUCAGGGGUGACGGAGGCGACCAGCCAGGUGGUGUUGCAAAUGGGCGAGUCGACCGAGAGCACAGCGCCGCCAACGCCAGUCAAGACAGCGAAAAAGCCGAGACUCAAGUCACUUGAUACCGUGAGAGGGAUUAGCAUCGUGGUUAUGAUCUUCGUGAAUUACGGCGCCGGGAGAUACUGGUUCCUGGAGCACGCGACCUGGAACGGACUGCAGGUGGCGGAUCUCGUGUUCCCUUGGUUUCUGUGGAUCAUGGGCGUCUGCAUCCCCAUGGGCCUCCAGUCAGCUCUCCGCCGGAAAGUGCCAAAGAAAAAAACCCUUUUCAGAAUUGUCAAGCGCUCCCUGAAGCUGUUCCUCCUGGGCAUCGUCCUCAACUCCCUGGGCGGGUGGGUGUAUCUCGACCGCUACCGCAUCCCGGGCGUGCUCCAGCGGUUUGCCAUCUGCUAUUUCGUGACCGCGGGCGUGGCGCUGGCUCUCUCGCCGAAGGAACCGCCGAAGUAUCAGAGCAACGUGGGCAUCGCAUUCUCCGACAUCCUCCAGCUUCUCCCACAGUGGGUCGUCCACAUCCUCAUCGUCGUCUCCCACACUCUCAUCACCUUUUUCCUGCCCGUGCCCAGAUGCCCGACAGGCUAUCUAGGUCCCGGGGGCGUCGCUCUCCUGCAGGACGGAGAGCCGAGUCCCCAGUGCAUAGGCGGCGCGGCUGGAGAAGUAGACCGCUGGCUCCUGACGGCGUCCCACAUCUACCAAAACCCGACGGCGAAGGGAGUCUACUCGUCGGGGGCUUUCGAUCCUGAGGGAGUUUUAGGUUCCCUAACCUCGAUCUUCCAAGUGUUCCUGGGCAUGCAAGCCGGUAUGGUGUUACAGUGCCACAAGACCCACAGAGGCCGUAUGGUGCGCUGGUUGCUGUGGUCGGCGGUCCUCGGUGUCAUUGGGACGGGGCUGUGUGGUGCCUCCAUGAACGAUGGUGUUAUACCCGUCAAUAAGAAUUUGUGGUCUCUCUCCUUCGUUAUGGUGACGUCAUGCUUCGCCUUCUUCCUGCUGGCCUUCUGCUAUCUGCUGGUCGACGUCUGGGGCGUGUGGAGUGGCGCGCCGGUCUUCCAAGCAGGCAUGAACAGCAUUUUCCUGUACGUGGGCCAUAACGUCGCCUACAACCUGUUCCCUUGGCACUACAGCAUCGGCCACAUGAACACUCACCUGGAAUUCCUUGCUGAGACGCUGUGGGGGACGACGCUGUGGGUACUUAUAGGCCUCUAUUUACAUCACAAGGGCAAGUUCUACACAGUGUAAAGGCGGCGGGAGGCUUGUGUAUGUGUGUACUGUGAAGAGGUUAAGAGGAGGGAGGGGAUCGUGAUCGUUUUGCUUGUUGAUGUGGGAAAUGUUAUUUUCUCUCGAGAGGGAUGGAGGGAUAAAAGUUAUAUUGGCGUAGGAAGUAGCAAUGAAGAGAGUUUUUAUCUAUUUAUUUAUUUUUUUAAUGCGAAGGUUUGGGUUUGAAUAUAAGACAUGUAACUGACGUGUUGGAUUUACUUCUCUGGGAAUGCGUACAGCUAAAUCGGGAUUGUCAGUUACAUGUCUUGCUUUGUGGCUUUGUUCACGUUCGCUCAAUCCUUCGUCUUUUUUUUUUUUUCUUUUUGAGAAGUUCGUUAUCCAUAUUUUUAACACUGUAGAGAAGUGGAGAGAAAACUGACAACAGAAAGCGAGAAAAAGAGACAAGGAAAACUCUGUUGUCGUCGUUGUUGUUGUUUUGUUUCCCAGUAGAGGAACUGACAACAGAAAAUGAAAGAAAGAGACAAGAAAAUAUGUUAUUGUUGUGUGUCUGCACACAGCCAUGUAAACAAAAUGCUCGGUUCAUAGAAAACGUUUCUCUGAUCCACGAAACGUUUAGAAUAUCUUUUGUUUGCUUAUUCCUAUGGCUCGCAUUUAUUAUUUCGCCUAUUCUGUUCUGGUGUAAAUAAAUGUUAAUAAGUGUUUGAUUAUAUACGCAUUAACUUUGCUUAUCAACAGCUUUACGGUUAAUUCAUCCGUUUAUACUUUCCUGUAUGAUAAAUAUCUAUACUCUCUUACUCUGCUCUUCUAAUUCUUAUUUUUGUAAAUUCUGAAAUACAAUAUGAGGAAAUAAA